CUCAUCUCCCGCAGUUGUCAACAUGUCUGACAAGUGAGCAACGCAGCUGAUGCUUCUCCCAUAAACACCCCAGUUUACUCCUCGCCCCAGGAUGAUCUGCUAGUUGACAGUGACGGGACUCGGUGCCGACAAGUCCCCCCAAUCCUUCGGAGUGAUAAUAAGGGCCAAUAAUGGAAAGUUUAACGUUCACUGACAACGAAACGAAAUAUUACGGCGACCUGUUUACACACUUGGACAGCGAAGGGUCUGGGAUUAUACCUGUGAAUCAAGUGCACGAGUUCCUGCGAGCCUCCAAGCUGUCCCAGGAGGUGCUCAGCCAGAUUGGGCAUGUGUGUGGGGGUGCUAAUCAAGGCUGGUAUGGACGAAGAGAAUUGUUUGUGGCUUUGAAACUUGUGGCUACAGCCCAGCGAGGUUUGCCAGUAAGGACUGAAUCUCUCUUCCUUGGGGUGGAUCUGCCACUGCCACGAUUACACACUAACAACAACACACACUAUGAAAACAAUGUGGCCUACACCACGAAAGAGAACUGCGCCUCUAGUCCGGACCUGAUCCAACUCAGUGACUCCGACUGCAAUACGUCACAGAUGGUUGAUGGUGGAUAUCGAAUGAUGGAGAGUGAAGAUGGUGAAGGAGCAGAUGAGAGAAUGAGUGAUCCUUCGGGUCGAAUGGUAUCUCAUUCUACAUCUGUAUCAUCUCCUGCGUCAGACUCCCCAACCCCAACCAACAGUGUCCACGAGAAAACUUGGGGGCAAGCGCAUACACACUGGCAUGGUUUAAUUAAUGAUGAGCACCGGCAGUUACUAGGUACAGAAGAAGAUUCCUCAGAGUGUCACUCUUCUGGGGAAGAAGACUACGAUGUGUGGACAAUUACCGAGGAACAACGUCAGUAUUAUACCGAACAAUUCUGCUCAAUGCAGAGUGAUCUCACUGCACUGCUGUCGGGAACAGCUGCCAAAGAGUUUUUUGAAAAGUCAAAACUUCCUGUAAAUGAAUUAAGUAAAAUAUGGCAGCUAGCAGAUGUAACAAGAGAUGGAGCACUCUCACUAGAGGAAUUCUUCGCUGCAAUGCACUUAGUAGUUUUGCGGAGAAAUAACAUAGAACUUCCUGAAACUCUCCCUCCGUCUCUGUUUCCAGCAUUACAGCGGAAGAGUAGCAGCAGUGGAGUUGAUGGUGGAAACUCGGGAGCAUCCGGUAACUCUUCAGUUGUGCCUGGUGCGGCUGUCGUUCCCGACACAGAUGUUGGUACCAAGGCAACUCCCGAUCCUCUCUCCCCAUCUAGAAAUAAAGAGAAAGUGAAUACUGGUGGAGACUGCUGGGCUGAGGCGAGGAUCGCAGGCUGUCGAGCAGGUGGUCGACGGACAGCUAGAGACGAUUACUGGACAGGACAGCUGAGGUCUGCUGCAGCUGUAAAUAGACAGAAUCCCUCACCGACAUGCUCCCCGUGGACAAAAUUUGUAGAUUCACCUACCAGCACAUUAUCGUCACCUGGUUUAAAACCUGUCAAUUUUGACUUUCAAAAGUCUGCUCUUGAGCAGGACCCAAAGAUCCUUCAUCCUAAGGCUGUGAGAUUAACUCCUGAAUCAAAAAGGUUAGAAGUUGCAGAGGUAGAAGGUCCAGCAUCAUUCAGCCCUGAUCCGGCGUUAACAUCGACUGAAUUGAAUUCGGCAACUACAUCCUCGGGAGAUUCCCAACCAGGACAGCCCACAGCCGCCACUGUCUCAGGAACAACACAGAGUAGUCCAAAGAAAACUCAAGAAGGACAGGAUAUAAAGCCUAUUCAGAGGCCUCUGCCAAGGAAACCUCCUGGUUCUACGACAGGAGCUCUCCCGCCCCCACCCCAGCCAUCUUUGGGCACCCCACCUGAAGACACGGGGAUGUAUGGUCCCACCAGUUUGCCGAUGAUUCCAAGUGCUCCUCUUCCUGGAGGGAAAAAGGAACCCCCUCCGCCUCCACCUCCAAGACCUGCAAGAACUCACACUCGCUCAUCAUCCUUAGACCUCAAUAAGUUCAAUCGAAGCACCUUUCUUGGAGCGCCUCCUGCAGUCCCACCCCGAGCCUCACCGGGAGCGAGUUCACCAAAGAAGCUAAUCUACCAGAAGAGUGAUGGAGACAUGGCUGGAACCGAAGCAUAUCAGGGAGAAGACGGAACCUACCCCCUGGAUGCUCGACCACCUAUGGAACAUGCCCGGACAUCGGCUUUUGAAGUCUACCGGAAGCCACAUCAAGAACUUGGGUCUGCAUUCGAGAGAGUCACAGGUCAACGAGGAGAGGAGGAAGAAAGAGUGCGACACCUGUCAACAGGAGCUAGACCAAAGGACAAAAGGGAAAUUCAAGCAUCUAUUAGAACAACAACAGAGAAGAAUACAAUAUUAACAAGAUUAAAUUCAGAACUCAAUCAAGAAUUGGCAGAGGUGAUGGAAGAGAGAAUUGCCCUUGAAAUGCAACUAGAACAGAUGAAGCCUUUUUCAAGUUAGUCUGUCUCAACCGAGCGUGCUGAUGUUUCAGUAGAGGUCGUCCAUAUUUAGUCAACUCUCCAUAAUUUUGGCAAACAUUUUGUGUAUAAUUUGCCAUUAUCUGGUAACUUUACUUGUAGGCCUUCAAUUAGUUUAUAAUUAUAUUCUAAUAUUAACAAAUUUGAUUAAAUA